GUUUAAUAAUAUAAGUUGUGAAUGUUUGCUGACCUGUAUAAUUAUUUAUGGGUGCGUAAGCCUAUAGCAGGUUGAUAUUAUUAUAUAGAGCAAUAAAAAACACGCUGUCUAUAAAUUCGUGAUGACACAACAAAUCGCUUUGGUCACUGGAGGAAAUAAAGGAAUAGGGUUUUCCAUUGUGAGGGCGCUUUGCAAAGAGGUAAAGGAAUGUAUCGUGUACCUGACUGCAAGAAAUGAAGAACGAGGUAAAGCAGCUGUAGAAGAACUUAAAAAGGAAGGUUUGCAACCUCGCUUCCAUCAACUAGACAUUGAUUCGCUGGAGAGCAUCGACAGACUGAAGGAGUUUCUGAAAUCAACUCACGGUGGCCUAGAUAUUCUGGUCAAUAAUGCAGGAGUGUACAAGCCAAACGAUGUUCAAGCUAAGAUGAUCAUAGCAACCAACUACACAGGGACUUUGAAUGUGUGCCGUGCCCUUCUUCCAAUAAUAAGACCCCACGGAAGGGUUUGCAAUGUUGCAAGUUUACUUGCAACAAUGUCAUUCACCAAGUUGUCAACAGCACGUCGGCAGAAAUUUCGAGAAGCAAAGACGGAAGAUGACGUUAGCAAACUGAUGGCUGAUUUUGUAGAGAGCGUAGAAAAGGAGACGUUAAUUGAAGAAGGUUGGGUACAAGCAGCAUAUGAUGUUUCCAAAAUGGGAGUCAUCGCCUUAACAAAAAUUCAGGCUGCAGCACUAAAUUCAGACUCUUCAAAGCAAGAUGUCCUGAUCAACUGUUGCUGUCCUGGUUAUGUUAAUACAGACAUGACAGAUCACAAAGGAAUCAAGACACCCGACGAGGGGGCUGUAACACCUGUCUUUUGUGUAUUGUUGCCAGCGAAUUCAUCUGAGUACCAGGGGAACUUUUUGUCCGAUAAAACUGUUGUUGAGACUUGGUAGAUUAUGUACAUGACACCUACUUGUCAAAUAUAUCAGAAAUACAAUCUUAAUUUUAUUAAUUUUAGUCACAUCUAGAUAUCAUAAUUAAAUACCGAUUAGGAAGUUAUAAUGAACAUUAUAGUAUAGAUGAUAAAAUAUAUUUAGAGGAAAAAGAAUAAUCAUUGAGUACAAGUUAAGUAUAUAUAAUUAGGCCUUAAUUAGACCAAUGUAAGACCAUGACACUUUGUAAAAGGUUGAGAACCAGAGAUCUAAACGUGAAACGCUGACAUCGCUGAAUAUAUGGGAUUCAAAUUAAAAAUUAUAAUAUGAUUUAGUAGAAUAUUUCCUGAAAGCUUGCAUGGCGAGUAUUUAUAACAAAAUUAUAAAACUUCCUGUACACCAUGUGUAAUAUAUAUAAGUUAAUAAUAUGGUUUUUGGGGUAAAAACCACUGGUUUUUUGUCUCUCUAGUGGUUUUACCCAAAACACCUACACAUGGUGUACUGGAAAUUUUAUGAUUUGUUAUUAAUUUGAUUUAGUUUGUUGCAUAUUUAACAUGCUAUAAACUCUAUUUAAUUUUCCGAACGUGAGACUCAAUUCGUUGAGAGAUCUCAUUUUUCAUUCAAAAUGUUUGUAAUGAGAAUGAAAAUAUUUUGAAAGUAACCAUUUA